AGCGCGCCGGCUUCCUCCGUCUCUGGGCCGCGCCAGCCUUCGCUUUCUCCUCACUUGAACCAGGAAGCGGCGGAGUCUGAGGCUCCGCUCCUCCGGCCCUUUUCUUUGUGUGGGCUCGGGAGCGAAGGAGGGGACGAACCAGGAGGGCCGCGGCGCGGUCUCCUCCGCCGUCAGGGGCCGUCAGGGCCCGGGGUAGGCCCGGAGCUUGGGGAGCCCACCGCGGAGAACCACUCGGCGUUUUCCACGGCCCUCGCCUGCCUUUUUGCGCCAGUUCCCCCUCCUCACCCCGACUUUGAUUUAGAGCUUUUCGGCCAGGCCCAUCCUCCCCUUCCCAGGGCAUAACAAUGCCGCCUGCUUGGCCACAUCCCCUCCCAACACCCCACCCUCCGCUUCGCCACCUUCUACUUUCCCUGGCCGGCCGCCUCUCCCGACUACCCCAGCCCUGACCGUGCUGGCCGGCCUUCCAUCUGUAUUUGCAAGAAACUGCUUUUCCACGUGAAUCCGGGUUGAAAACCUCGGUUGCAGCCGGCCGGGGAUGGAGAGUAGAAAACUGAUUUCUGCUACAGACAUUCAAUACUCUGGCAGUCUGCUGAACUCCUUGAAUGAGCAACGUGGCCAUGGACUCUUCUGUGAUGUUACUGUUAUUGUGGAAGACCGAAAAUUCCGAGCCCAUAGGAACAUUCUUUCAGCUUCAAGUACUUACUUCCAUCAGCUCUUCUCAGUUGCUGGGCAAGUUGUUGAACUGAGCUUUAUAAGAGCAGAGAUCUUUGCAGAAAUUCUCAAUUAUAUCUAUAGUUCUAAAAUUGUUCGUGUUAGAUCAGAUUUACUUGAUGAGUUAAUUAAAUCAGGGCAGUUAUUAGGAGUUAAGUUUAUAGCAGAGCUUGGUGUCCCGUUGUCACAGGUUAAAAGCAUCUCAGGUACAGCUCAGGAUGGUAAUGCAGAAAACUCACCUCCUGAAAUACAAAAAUCAAAAGAUGAAUCCCAAGAAAAUGGGGCCACUAUAAUGCCAAUUAUAACAGAAUCUUUUUCCUUGUCUGCUGAAGAUUAUGAGACAAAAAAGAUCAUUGUUACUGAUUCAGAUGAUGACGACGAUGAUGUCAUUUUCUGCUCUGAGAUUCUGCCUGCAAAGGAGACUUUGCCGAGUACCAACACAGUGGCAGAGGUCCAGCCUAACCCAGGCUCUGUUGCUAUUUCAGAUGAUGCACCUUGUGUGAGCAAUAGCUCUCCCCCUUUAACAAACAUCACACCUACUCAGAAACUUCCUACUUCUGUGAAUCAGGCAACUCUGAGCCAGACACAGGGAAGUGAAAAAUUGUUGGUGUCUUCGGCCCCAACACAUCUGACUCCCAACAUCAUUUUGUUAAAUCAGACACCACUUACUACACCACCAAAUGUCAGUUCUUCACUUCCAAAUCAUAUGUCUCCUUCAAUCAAUUUACUUGUACAGAAUCAACAGCCACCAAACAGUGCUGUUUUACCAGGAAACAAGGCCAAUGAAGAGGAGGAGGAGGAAAUUAUAGAUGAUGAUGAUGACACUAUUAGCUCCAGUCCAGAUUCUGCUGUCAGUAAUACGUCUUUGGUCCCACAGGCUGAGAUCCCCCCAAAUACCACUUUUGAUGGAUCGUUGAUACAAAAGAUGCAGAUUCCUACACUUCUGCAAGAGCCAGUUCCUAAUUCUUUAAAAAUUUCAGAUAUAAUUACAAGAAACACUAAUGAUCCAGGUUUAGGAUCCAAACAUCUAAUGGAGGGUCAGAAGAUUAUUACUUUAGAUACAGCUACUGAAAUUGAAGGCUUGUCAACGGGUUGCAAGGUUUAUGCAAAUAUUGGUGAAGAUACUUAUGAUAUAGUUAUCCCUGUCAAAGAUGACCCUGAUGAAGGGGAGGCCAGACUUGGGAACGAGAUACCAAAAACACCUAGCAGUGAGACGGCAAAUAAACGUAUGAAAGUUAAACAUGAUGAUCACUAUGAGUUAAUAGUAGAUGGAAGGGUCUAUUAUAUCUGUAUUGUAUGCAAAAGGUCAUAUGUCUGCCUGACAAGCCUGCGGAGACAUUUUAACAUUCAUUCUUGGGAGAAGAAGUAUCCUUGCCGUUACUGUGAGAAGGUCUUUCCUCUUGCAGAAUAUCGCACAAAGCAUGAAAUUCAUCACACAGGAGAGCGAAGGUAUCAGUGUUUGGCCUGUGGCAAGUCUUUCAUCAACUAUCAGUUUAUGUCUUCACACAUAAAGUCCGUUCAUAGUCAAGAUCCUUCUGGAGACUCGAAGCUUUAUCGUUUACAUCCAUGCAGGUCUUUACAGAUCAGACAAUAUGCAUACCUCUCUGAUAGGUCAGGCACUAUGCCUGUAAUGAAGGAUGACGGUAUUGGAUAUAAGGUUGAUGCUGGGAAAGAACCUCCAGUAGGGACCACAUCUGCUCCUCAGAACAAGCCCAUGACCUGGGAAGAUAUUUUUAUUCAGCAGGAAAAUGAUUCCAUGUUUAAACAGAAUGUAACAGAUGGCAGUACUGAGUUUGAAUUUAUAAUACCAGAAUCUUAUUGAACUCCUUUGAAAUAUCAUAAAGUUUUGGUUUGGAUUUAAGGGUCAGGGCUUUCAGAAGACCUGUAAAACAAAGGUGAAAACAAGUUCAUUUGAUCUGCCAUGUCAUUUGAAGGUAGUCUAGUUGGAUUAUUUGUUCAUAAUUUUUAGAAGCAAAUUAUUCUGAAAGUUUGAAUAGAGGUUGAGAACUUCCCCCUCCCCCAAGUAUCUGUUUAUAUAGUUAGCUUUCAGCACAUUUAAAAGAGGCAAAAAGAAAAAAAAAGCUUGGAGAGAUAGUUUCCUGAAUAGAAUUUGAAUCAGUUUGAAUGUUCUUUGAAAAUAACUGGAGUUAUUAGCAUACCCUAGUAUAUCUUGCAACUUUCCCCUUCCGUGUUAGCACUUUACUGCUGAAUUCUCAAUUUUCUUAUUAUUGAGACUAUAAAUGUGUGUUGUGUCUUGUAUAUGGCAUAAAGAGUAAAUGAGAACUUCUAAAGUUGUCCUGGAAAUUUUCAGAGUAAGUCUCUGCUUGGUUGUGUAUUUUGCUAACCCAAAUGGAUAGCAGCCUCCUGCCUCCCACCCCUCAUGAAAAUAGCCCUGCAGACAAGUUUCUCAUUUGAAGAAUGAACAAGUUUUAGCUAAUUAGAAUUAAACUUCACUUUUAUCACCAUAGUCUCGAAAAGACUUUGGUGCCUGGACUACUGUAUAUAUAUACCUUUGCAGUGUGGUUUCUAUGGGCAAAAAAGAAAUCUCUGUAAUGCAGACAGGAAGAGAUUAAAAGUUUUUAUCAUAUUUGCUUUAAAUUCUGUGCUCUUAUAUGAUAGAGACAGAGAAUGGAAGUGAAUGGAGAUUUCCUUUUUGCUCAUUAUGGUUAAAAAAUAUUCCCAUGAAAUUUUUCAGAUUUUGAAUUUGAAUACCACCAAACUAAUCUUUAUGUAUGCAUCUUUAUAAAUGACAAAUUUCAUAAAUGAGACUCUUACAUAUUUUGGGUGGGAGGCCACUGGCAUGUAUUUUUAAAUGUUCAUAUUACUUAGAAUCUCUAAUAGGAAGUUUUUAUUUGACAUAGCUGAAUCAGAUAUCUAGUAUUUUCCUUUCAGCAAGACCUUUUAGGUUUUUACUCCUAAAAUAAGUUCCAUUCCAUCUGCAAAUUGCUGCAGUAUUAUAGCAAUCAGAAGCUAUACAAGGAAGUUAAAUAGGCUUGUUGAUUCCCAUUUAUCUUGAGAACAAUGAAUACCAUCUUUCUCCCUUUUAAAAUGACACAUGUUUAAACACUUAGAAAAUAAAGUCAAAACUUAUUGAAGUGCCAGUACUAAAAGGGAAGCAGGUUGGAACAAAUAUAUAGCCUAGCGUUUAUAAUAGAUUGACUUGUUGAACUUCUGUAAAUUUUUGCAAAGGAAAAAAAUAUGAUUAGAUACUGAAAAAGAUUGUUGUGCAUAGUUAUUAGUCCUUUGUAACCUUGCUUAAGUAUUUCUUAAUUCAACAUAGAUAUUUUCUUUCUCCUUAACGAUGUAUUUUUGAAAAUAGUCUAUUUCUUGACUUUGAACUUAAAGCUUUAAUCAAUUUCUCAUGUAUACAUCAUCCUUCUGACAGUAAGCUAGACUUGAAGAUAAUGAUUUCAGUAUUUCUUGAGAUGGUAACUGAGAGUAUCAGGCAUCAGUGUUUGCAGUAAUACAAGGAGAAAGAAAAAUUAAUACAGUCCUUUGCUUACUGAGGGUUAGAAUGAUGUGCAUCUUUUAUGUUUUCCAUUCUGUGAGUUGAGACCUUAAGACCAUUUUGUAAACUAAUCCUUGGAAAAUUUUUAAAUUACCAUACAGCUUACAAGUCUGAUCUCUGGAAUUGCAAUAUCUGUUUCCUUUGUGUAUAUGUAUUGAUAACAUUACUCUUUGACUAUAGGGUACACUCUGAAAUGUUUUCAGUGGAAAUUUGUUUCAUUUAUGCUGUUUCACCAGUUAGACAUAAUUCAACAAGUGUGAAUGAUACUUCCAGUCCUUUCAGACUUAACUGCUAACUUCCUGGAUGGCUCAGAUGGUAAAGAGUCCACCUGCAGUGCAGAAGACCUGGGUUCUAUCCCUGAGUCAGGAAGAUCCUCUGGAAAGGGAAUGGCUACCCACUUCAGUAUUCUUGCCUGGGAAAGUCCAUGGACAGAGGAGCCUGGCAGGCUACAGUCCAUGGGGUUGCAUAGAGUCAGUUACGACUGAGCAACAAACACUUUCACUUUUUCAAUAAAACUUGGUUUCUACAAGGCCAUUAUGACAAACUAGGAAUUCUAUAAUGGAAAACUAUCCGUUCAGAAUUAUCUUGAUAUAAUUAUUUGCUGCUGCUGUGCUCUAUCUAAGUUCUGAGUCUGAAAUUUCAACUUUGCCUACUGAAGGUAUCUUCUAGUUUUUUGGGAGGAGGAAAACUGGAAAAUUCACUUUAAAUUGUAUUUUUGCCAGAAGACUCUUACUUGAACGUAUGUCAGGGUCUUCAGUUUUUUUAGAAGUCUCUAUAUCCAAAGUUCAGAAUCCAUGUGGAAUACUCUCUGGGAAUUAAAACCGUUCACUCCCAGUGUUUAUGGGGUUGGAAAUCUGUAGCAAGAUGCUGUUCAAAACCUGUCAUGGUGUUUUCCUAUUUUAGACUUAGUUUUCUGGCAAUUGAACUCUUUUUUUCAUUCAAGUUGGCUUCAUAUUUGCUCCUAUGCUAAAUUACCUAUAAAUAUUCUGGAUAGGAACUGUUUGAAAUAGCAAUUUGUUCAAAGAGAUGACAUAAAAUGAAAGUGCUUAGUUUAAGCAAAGAUUUUUAUAUGCCAUAGCAAUCUUGAGAGAUUCAUUUUAAAAUAUAUUUUGUCAUUUUGCUGGUAAUGAUCCCCCACAUACAACCACUAUGAGGAAUCGAUGCUGCAUUUUUCCCAUUGUACCAAAAAGAUAAAGGUAAAAAUGGUAAAAGUUUUUUGUAUUGUCAAGGCGUUCAUACUCUAAAGAAUUAAAUACUAAUUCAGCAGCACUGGCUUUCUCACCUCUGUCAAUCUUAUGAAACUUUUGUUCAUUUCCACCCAGUGCUGUAGUGUUCAUACUUGUACAGUCUUCCCUGUCAUGACUUUAAGUUCUACUUUUCAUUAACCGUUACCUGAUAUUAGUUCGUAGAGCUUCUUAUGGCAAAAAUAAAAUGUUUUAAUUCUGA